AAAAGCAAGAGGCAAUGGCUCUAAAUAUCCCACCACAAAAAUCCUUUCUCUACAAAUCCAAUUGGACUCAUGCACUCGAUGAAAGCUUACUCGAAAGCAUCAUUCGCUUGAAGCAUGAACAUGACAUGACCGGUACUGUCGUUCUGUAGCCCUUCUUCGACAUUGCCGCUGCCGAUAUGGCCUACGAUCUCGGGGUGACCAUGCCGUGGGAAGCUCUAUACCGACUGCAGUUCCUAGAGAGUCGAUAUUUGUCAUUCAAGGCUUUGGUGAAGGAGGACGGUGUAAGGUGGGACGAGCCAAACAACAUCGGUGUGGCCACCGAUGACACUUGGAUGACUAUUCUGAAGAAACACAAACUAGCUGGAGCCUACUAUCGCCAAUCCGAGCCAGCCUACUACCAAUUAUGCAUCAUGUUUGGGCCGAAGGAGGAGAUGCAAGUACAGGAGAACGAGGUCAUAGUAAUCUCAGACACCACUAUCCCAUUGGUUGCAACCAAUCCCGAUCAGAGGUCGUGGCGACCCCGGAUACAGUCCUUUCACCUGUUUGGCCCAAUGAGCUGAAAUCACGUCGUGAACUCUUCGAUGAUGAUCAAAGCCAUGGAACUCGCGAGUCAUCCAAUGAAAGGCAUACUAUGCCACCACCGCCACGCCCACGGAAAAUUCAACGCCGCCCUCCGAUGCCAAAUGCAUCCCCGUGCGGUAGUUCUUGUGCCUCCUCAAGCCUAGGUGGCUGGUGGAAGAACAUGAAUAAUUGACAUCUAUCUGGAGUACCCUUGUUGUCACAUGCAUUAGUAGUAUCCCUAGUAGUGCUUCAUCGUUAUCAAAGAUGGAGAUAAUUUCCUUUUGUAUCGUAGCAGCUUGAUUGUAUUAAGAACAUGAUGGGUGAGAUGUAGAUGCACUUGGCAUGCAAUCUCACGUUAUUAAUUUAAAAAUUAUGUUA